GAGGAGGAGAAAGACGGGGGGUUAUUUAGCGGGGGCAAAGAAAAUGAAUCGGAGUUUUAAUAAAUCGCAGAGUCUGCGGUAUUUCGGUUAUAGCGCGGUGGAAGUGAAAAGCAAGUUUGGAGCAGAAUUUCGAAGAUUUUCUCUGGAUCGUUACAAGCCAGGAAAAUUCGAAGAUUUCUACAAACUUCUCCUUCACAUCCACCAUAUUUCCAACAUGGCGGUAAUGAUAGGCUACGCUGACAUCCAUGGGGAUCUUCUUCCCAUUAAUAAUGAUGACAAUUUCUACAAAGCAGUUUCAAGUGCAAACCCAUUGCUUAGGAUUUUUAUCCAAAAACAAGAUCUAGAAAAGCAUGAAGAUAGGCAUUUGUCAUAUGGGAUACUAGCAAAUCUGCUUUGCAUAACUGCAGAAGGAUGCUUCUGUAAUGCUUCAUCCAAGGCAAGAUCCAAGAUGGAAGUUCUUAAUGCUCCUUCGUGUUCCAAAUAUUUUUGGAGGAAAUCUAAAGAAAUUAUUUUUGACCCCUUUGGGGGAUGGCUGAUGAUUGUUAAAUCUGUGGAGCUGUAUUUUGGAAAAAUGUCUAUGGAGAUUCUUAAUAGACAUUAA